CGGCGGGGAUAUUCGUUGGAAACCAAAAGUGUUUUCUAAUACUCUUGCCGUUCUAUAAAAACAUUAAAUUUAUAAAACUAAAUAUUUUUGUUUAUUUUUAAUAAUUUAAUAAUAAAAUUGUAGAUUUAUUAAAAAAAUGAUGUGAUUUAUCAAAUUAUUUUUUUUUUAAUAGUUUCUGACACGAUUAAGGAUUUAUAAAGUCAACGGCUUUGGAUUUUUGCUGGCUCUUAUAAAUUUAUUAUUAUUGAAAAGUGAAUACUUAAACAAAUUUGGACUCGCCUCAUGGAUGCCUCAUGCCUCUAAGAAAAUCAAAUGAGUCCCUUAAUGUCCAGAUUAAAUUGGAUGUUAUAAAUAUAAGAGUGGGAGGCAUGGAAGGUUUCAAAGGUUUUGUACACGAUCACCACCACCACAAGAAAGAGAAAGAGUAGUAAUUUGUUUUCUCCAUGGCACGAUCUUCUUCGUUCCCUUAUUAUGCUCACAUUUUCCCACUUGUCAACCAACUCCCCCCCCCCCCCCCAAAAAAAAAGAGUUUCCCAAUAAAAACAUUUCUUUCCUUAUAUAGCUAUCUCUGAUCGACUCUCCGGUGGAAGACAGGAAAAAGAAGAAGACGAGGAUGCAUUUCGCUAAGCUCGAUGAUUCCCCCAUGUUUCGUCAACAGAUGCAAUGUAUGGAAGAGAGUGCAGACUUGCUGGGGAUGCGAUGCUUAAGGUUCUACAAAGACUGCACAAAAUACACAGAGGGACUCGGAGAAGGGUAUGAUGGAGAUAUUGACUUUGUAAAUGCACUUGAAUCUUUCGGUGGUGGCCAUAAUGAUCCCAUCGGCGUUGCUUUUGGAGGUCCUGUAAUGACAAAGUUUACUGUUGCUCUUCGAGAAAUUGGGACAUACAAGGAAGUUCUUCGUUCCGAGGUAGAGCAUAUUCUGAAUGACCGGUUGGUUCAGUUUGUGAAUGUUGAUGUCCAAGAAAUUAAGGAAGCACGUAAACGCUUUGACAAAGCCUCCAUUACAUACGACCAGGCGCGAGAGAAAUUUCUUUCAUUAAGAAAGAGUACGCGACUGGAUGUGGCUGCAACAAUCGAGGAGGACCUACAUAGCGCAAGAGCGGCAUUUGAGCAAGCCCGGUUUCAUCUGGUUAGUGCACUCUCUAAUGCGGAAGCUAAAAAGCGAUUUGAGUUUUUGGAAGCAGUCAGCGGGACAGUGGAUGCUCAUCUCCGUUUCUUCAAACAGGGAUAUGAGCUACUACAACAAAUGGAGCCUUUUAUUAAUCAGGUGUUGAGUUAUGCACACCAGUCUAGAGAAUGUACAAACUAUGAAAUGGCAUCACUUAACGAAAGGAUGCAGGAGUACAAAAGGCAAGUUGAUCGAGAAACUAGAAACUUAAAUGGUUCGCCAACAGGGGAUGGCAUGAGACACAACUCAAGAAGCUCACAAAAAGUCAUUGAGGCUGUCAUGCAAUCUGCUGCAAAAGGAAAGGUUCAGACUAUAAGACAAGGGUAUCUGUCUAAACGUUCGUCAAACUUGAGAGGUGAUUGGAAAAGAAGGUUCUUUAUCCUUGAUAGCCGUGGGAUGCUAUACUAUUACCGCAAGCCAUGGAAUUGGUCAUCUGGAAAUGGAAACAGGUCUUCUGUUCACAAGAAUAUGACUUCAGAAAACAGUCCUGGGCUGCUAAGUCGGUGGCUGUCUUCUCAUUAUCACGAUGAAAAACCAGUUGCACGUCUCACUGUGAACCUGCUUACCUCAACGAUCAAAGUUGAUGCGGACCAGACGGAUCUAAGAUUCUGCUUUCGGAUUAUUUCGCCUACAAAAGUCUACACAUUGCAGGCAGAGAAUGCGCAAGAUCAGAUGGACUGGAUAGAGAAGAUAACUGGAGUUACUACUUCUUUGCUAAGUUUCCAGACACCUGAAAGAACAAUCAUGCGUCUUUCUACAAUGGACGGAGAUACUUUCUCCGCAAGUGAGUCCGGUUCGGUAGCAGAUCUAUAUGAUAUCGACCAUGCGGAAAUUGGAGAAUCCACUGUGGAAAAUAAUCAUCACCGUUCGAGGUUCUCAGGGUGCUUGCAGCAACAUGAUAUGAUGGCAAAGCCAAUUGAUGUCUUGACCAAGGUAUUGGGGAAUGAGAAAUGUGCGGAUUGUGGUGCUCCUGAACCUGAUUGGGCCUCUUUGAAUCUCGGAGUACUCAUAUGUAUUGAAUGUUCUGGUAUACAUCGUAACCUUGGUGUUCACAUUUCGAAGGUCAGAUCGCUCACGCUUGAUGUUAAAGUAUGGGAACCAUCGGUCUUGACGUUGUUCCAGUCGUUAGGUAACGUAUAUGUAAACUCAGUGUGGGAGGAGUUGUUGAACUCAGAGAGUAGAUCUUCAGGCACUCCCAUGUCAGAUCGACCAACAAGAAAGUUUCUUGCAAGGAAGCCUGGUCUCAGUGAUCCCAUAUCUGUGAAAGAGCUGUUCAUCCAUGCAAAGUACUCAGAGAGGAUAUUUGUCCGCAAAGAAACAGACAGCCAGCAUUUUCCGGCAGUUUUCCAAGAGAUUUGGGAGAAUGUGCGUGCCAACGACAAGAAAUCAGUUUACAAACACAUUGUCUGCUCUGAAACAGAUGUGAAUGCUCUACGUGGACAAGCAACGUACACGGUGUCUUUGUCCUUAUGGAAGAUGAUGCAACUGGAAGCGAAGGAGGAAACACUCAAAGCCAAAAUCAAGAGAAUUGAAGAGGAGUUUCAGGAGAACCCUGAGGGAUAUUCUGACUCGAAAAUGGAAGGGGAAGAAAGUAUGGUCAGAGAAGAAACUUCAAAGGACUGCUCUUUGCUUCACCUCGCUUGUCUUUAUGCUGAUAUCGGUAUGGUGGAGUUGUUGCUUCAGUAUGGUGCAAAGAUAAAUGCAACAGACUCAAAAGGUCGCACUCCACUUCACCACUGUAUCAUCAGCAGGAGAUAUGCAAUUGCAAGGCUGCUACUUAUGAGGGGAGGAGAUCCAAAUGCUGUGGAUAAAGAGAGUAACACACCGGUCAAAUAUGCUUUAGAGACAGAAGUCAAUGACAGCGAACUAAUUGCAUUAUUAACAGACUCCAAAAGAUGAUAAUAUCUGCUGAAAUAAAAAUAAUAAUCAUUUGAUUUGCUUUAUCACUUUUUAAAAGCAGAAGACGGUACAGCACUAGAAAAAAUGUUGCUCUAAUUGAACACUUUUCGCCUGUUAGUUCGUUUUGUCCAUGAAGAGCCUAGGAGAAUACAUGUAGAUUUUCUUUGGUGCUUGCUAGGUUGAUGAUAUACUGGUUUAUACUCUGCUGUACAUAUGGUCUUUUUUAUGGGGUUGCAUGUUCUGUAAGAUGGAAACCUCUGUUUUUGUUGUUCGUGCAAUGAAAAGACAGACACGGCAUUGUUGUGUCUUCUUUAUGUUUUCAGACUGCACUUUGUGGUUUUGCACAUCCGAGAACCUGCUUUGAUUGCUCGACAGAUUUUCAAUUCAUCAAUAAGACAAAUCCGAUAUUAUUUUCAUAUGUUUGGAAUGUGGAUCGGAUCCUGUGUUUAUAGAAUGUUCUUUGUUCAUCAAUUCUUCACCGAAAAUCUGUAUUUGCAAUGUUAACGACUUCAAUGUAACAUUCAGUACAUCUUUUAAAAAACCUGAAAAUGCAGAUUUAGUGACGCAAAACAUGGUCCUCUUCUCUAAGAAAUAGAAAAACUGCGGUUCAUACAUCUUUUAAUGCAGAGAGUUUCUGGGCAGACAUAAGCUUUUCCAAUAACAACUGGAAAUUCUCAACGGCAA